UUGGCGCUGAUUGUGACAUUAACUUCUUCAAAAACCCGUAAGCCAAUCGUCAAUUAUCCCAAAGAUACGCUCUUCUUCGCCACGGAUUUUUUUGUGAAGGGAUGCAGAAAUUUCUUGGAUAAUUGUCCACGAAGUUACAGGUAUCAACACAUUUGCGCUCGCAAUUAUAACGAUGACUUCAAAGAUUUCCCCAAUUACUGCGAAAUGCAGUAUGAAAAUUGUAACACAUGGCGGAAUUGGCGCGUUUACAAGCGAGAAAGAUGUUAA